AUGAUGAGAGAUCUUCCAAACAUAAAAGAGAUCCAUGAUGUUUGUGAAGGUUGCCAACUUGGCAAACAACACCAACAAGCAUUUCCAUCUGGAAAGGCUUGGAGAGCUAAGGCCUUGUUGGAGCUUGUCCACACAGAUGUUUGUGGACCUAUAAGGACUCCAUCUCUUGAUAACAACAAGUACUUUAUCCUGUUCAUAGAUGACUAUACUAGAAUGACGUGGGUUUAUUUUCUACGACAAAGAUCAAAAGUAUUUAAUAUCUUCAAAAAAUUCAAAACCCGUGUCGAAAAACAAAGUGGCCGCUAUAUUAAAGCUCUAAGAAGUGAUAGAGGAAAAGAAUAUACUUCUAAAGAAUUCAACAAAUUUUGUGAAGAUGAAGGAUUAGAGCAUCAACUAACAGUUGGCUAUGCUCCUGAACAAAAUGGAGUCUCAGAAAGAAAAAAUAGAACUGUCAUGGAGAUGGCAAGAUCCAUGAUAUUUGAAAAAGGCUUGUCAAACACAUUAUGGGCAAAAGCUAUAUAUACAACAGUAUACUUGCUAAAUAGAUGCCCAACAAAAGCUUUACAAAAUAAGACUCCUAUUGAGGCUUGGAGCAAUAUAAAGCCAUCAGCAAAGCAUCUCAAAGUAUUUGGAUGCAUUUUCUAUGUGCACAUUCCUAAGGAGAAAAGACACAAGCUAGAAGAAAAAUCUGAAGUUGGUAUAUUCUUUGGAUACAGUUCCCAAUCUAAAGGCUAUCGAGUCUACAAUCCCAGAACUAAGAAGUUCAUGAUAAGCUAA